AUCACAACCAGCACAUUUCCCGUUCCUCCUCCGGUAAAACACAUCAGUUCGCCUUUUCUCAAGCUUACAAGGGUCCCACGGCCAAAAUUUGAAGGCUCCCUGACUGAUUUGAAGCUUUCAACCCAUGGCGAAGCUAAGGAGUUCACCACUACAAAAGGUCUGUUAGAUCAUUAUCUCAAGAUGGUUGACGGAAAUGCCUAUGGUGAAGAAAUCCCCAUAAAGUAUUAUGUCCACUUUACAGAUUCUUCGACUCUACCUAUUCCAACGAUUAUCUAUGCUUUGGUUCUGAAAUUUCACACAGACAGAAGAUACAAGCAACUCAAAGACAUUCACAUCUCAUACUUAUCGGCCGCUAAGUCGACAUCUCCAUCUGAAGGCUGUUAUGUGAUAACUGUAAACUUUUGCCCUCUCGACCCAGUACCUGCCGUGUUCAAAGUUAGAGCGAUAUUCAGUGAUGAUAAUGGUUUAACAAGUGCAAUGCAACUGGAGAAUUUGCCAGUUCAGUUUUGUGACUUGUUUAAUCCUCUUCAAGUGCCAGCUUACUUCAAGACUGCACCGGUAACGAGUGUCAGAGCAGAACUUUUCUCUGUGCUGUGGGAUCACAUAGUUAAAGUGCAGCGCACCAGUGAAUACCCCGCGGGGACUGGGGCUGAAUCAAUCAUCUCCCUCUCGGUGAAGUGGAACACCAUGGGAAACAUCUUAGAGGAACACUUGCUACCGUUUGUUAUGAGUGCUUCAGAUGAUGAAGUUCACCUUGGUAUUUUCAUGCCACCUUGUCAGCAUCUUUUACUAAAAUUCCGUCCACUAAACGAUCUAACUGUUGUUACCAUGGCGACUGAUGAUUGGCGGCUACUUCAACUUGUGGAAUCUUACCUGCAGCAAUUCGAACACGUCAACAGAUAACCUCUUCAGAAGAUUUACUGUAAACUCAUUUAUUACAAAGCUAGGCGCCCAGACAGAAAUAAUUUCUUUAUCGAACUUAUACGUACCACGGAAAAAGUGUGGUUUAACAGCCGGAUGAUUUGAUUAGCCACAGAUCUCUGUUAGGGAAAUUUGAUUGCUACCUCAAGGACAUGUUGCAACGAAUGAGCAAGCUACUGCUCUCUUUCAAGUAUCUGGGAUUUUGCAAAAUAUAUUCAAACUUUUCAAAACAUGAAAGGGUUAAGGAGUGUUACCAACUCCAGGAGAUCGAUCAACGCAUGGGCUCUGUGUUUAAAAAAGUACGGAGUCUUAACACUGUUUCUGAAUGUUUUUUGAGGAACACUUGUACCUGAAUUAAGGUAAUUUUAUAUAUAUAUUUUGGAAAUAUUUUGUCUUUAGAGAGAAAAUUGUACACGAAGUACUUCUAUAGAAAAAAAGGCAUAGAGGCUAAGUCUACCAACCCCACCCUUCCUAACUAAAAUUAUUACACUUAUGAAGGUUUAGUAAAUAAACACAGACUUGAUGUCGUAAAUUUUUUAUUA